AAUCCGCGAUCGAAGCUAUCCGCGACGGCGCUUGACGCGAAUCCGCAUCCCUCAGGAGGCACCCUCUUACGUAAAGGGUAGUAGACCGAAGGGGAUCGACGGGAUCACGUUAUGGCGGACAAUAAGAACAAGGUGAACGAAUACUACACCAAGCCGCCAGAGCUGGGCAGAUGGGAGGGCUUCAGGCUGUUCUUGUGGAACUCGGAGACCAGCCAGUUCCUCGGCAGGACGGGGUCCAGUUGGGCCAAAAUUUUAUUAUUCUAUCUUAUAUUUUAUGCCGUUUUGGUGGGAUUUUUCGUUGCAUUGAUGGCCGUAUUUUAUCAGACUUUGGAUAUGAAGAGACCCAAAUGGGAAUUAGAUAGCUCAUUGAUCGGAAAUAAUCCAGGUUUAGGAUUCAGGCCUAUGCCUCCACCGAGCAACGUCGAAAGUACUCUGAUUUGGUACAAGAGUAGCGAUAAAGGCAAUGUUCGCUAUUGGCAAGAACAACUCAGUCUUUUCGUGCAAUCUUACCAGAAAGAAAACAAUGAGCAUGCCGACAACGUAGUGCCAUGCUCUAAUUUCAUAAAACCUGAAGAAGGGAAAGUAUGCGACGUAGAAAUGCCUCCUACCAAAUGGAAUCCUUGCUUACCUGAAGCAGGUUUCGGGUUCGAAGACGAAAAAGGAGGACCCUGCAUUUUCCUCAAACUCAACAAGAUAUAUAAUUGGAAGCCAGAUUACUACAACUCCACCAAUUUACCUGGUCCAGAUAAGAUGAACGACUAUUUGCGGAAAGAUAUUCAAGACGCUGAGCUCAGGAAUGAGCACGAGAUGGUCUGGGUAACUUGUGAGGGUGAAAACCCUGCUGAUAAGGAAAACAUUGGACCCUUGAGGUACAUCCCUCAGCGCGGAUUUUUAUCACAGUACUUCCCUUUCAAAAAUCAAGAUGGCUACUUGAGUCCCUUGAUAGCCGUCCAUUUCGAACAACCCAAACGUGGCAUUCUGAUCAACAUUGAAUGCAAAGCAUGGGCGACGAACAUCAUCCAUGACCGUGUGGACCGAAGAGGAUCGGUCCAUUUCGAGCUGAUGGUGGACUAAGUGUCGAAACGUACUAGCGAGUAGGCCACACUGAGGGCCCAACAACUGCCAUCGACGUGAACACACACGAGGACAGGGCUCGGAUUUUGAAUUUAAACUUCAGUAGAUUUCAAAACGAAGACGGUCUAUAGUUAUAGUUUAGUUCCAGGAAUUAGUUCACAAUAUUAGGAAUUUUAAAUCUCUCAUCACUGUAGGUAUAUCUAGAGGCAAAGGUGAUACGAAAAAAUAUAGUCAGCGAAAGUAUAUUAGAGGUUAUUCCGUUCUCCAAAAAUAAAAUAUCUGCUUAAUGAAAAUUCACUUGUCAAUAACAAUUUUUGUGUUUGUUACAGACCCUGUAUAAUGAGUUUCUUCGUUGGCCGGGAAAUUAUCUCCUCAACCAAGCUGAUGGACCAUAUUUUUUUGAUCACCCAAUGUAUAUUUAGGUCGCUUUAAGCCACCAUCAUUAUUGAAUAUAUUCAGCUUCGGCUGGUCUGCCACUGACUUCCAUAACCGUACCUAGGGUAUUCGCAUGGGGUCAAUCCACCUAUACCCGAACAAAUGCAUGUUGAAACCAAUGAGUAUAAGGCAUCUCCAUGAUGUUCCUAUUAGAACUUUGGGAUGGAAAAAGCCAGAAAUACCGGGUAGGCAACGGAAAAAAGAAGUAGGUAUUUGAGGAAUGAAAACGAUGUUGUCGCAUUUUCAUUCAGUCGCAGCUUUUUUGUCUCUGUGUAGGAGUGUGAACGAAUUUUGGUGUUUGCAUUUUAUGUUAAAUUCAUGACAGGCACCGAGGGGAUCUGGAUAUACCUUGUGAGCUCAUUAAACUGCAUUAUUCAUACACAGUUAUUCGACGCAUCACAAUAAUUAAAGAAAUAUAAUUGUUACUGAUGUGAUGAAUGAGAACUUUGAGAGACAUUUGUGUGUCUAUCGUGUUGUGAUAGGGCGAAUGUGUUAAUUUAUUUUCUAUGUAAAUACAGUUUCGUUGUGAUUUUAUAGUAUACUAAACGCAAAUUAUCACUGUAAUUUUUCUUUUUGUUGGGACUAUAAGUAGCAAUCCUCUGAGGAUUGAAGGUAUUAAUAAUCUGGACAUAGGCAUCCAUUUUCUGCAUCGAAAGUGCUGAGCAAAAUGGCGGGUAUGAAAAUCGGAAGAUGAAAAUAGUCCUAAAAUGUUUGACGAUGGUUGCCUAUAUGGUAUGUGUUAAGCACUGUUACAUUGCUAAGUUCCAUUAAGGAACUAUCAGAUUAAGCAAGAAAACUAAUAAUAUUGUUAUAACUACGAGAAAUAAGUGUUGAUUGUACUUGAUAUAGUUUAGAUAAUUACUUAACUAAUAGAUAAUAAUCAGGUUUAAGGUUUCCAAAAGUGACAAAUUCUACUGGUUAUUGCUAUAUGUGGGACUUUUCUUUUGUGUGGCGCGUUCUGCAUAUCAAGUUGGUCGGAACUGGCCGAAAACUGGACUGAUUAGUGGUAGGAUUUCAUCGAUUGUGCAUUCUAUAUCGCCAACGCACAAUAUGUCGUUCGACUUCGGGAUUUAAAAAAGUCAUCAAGUAUAUACCUAUACCUUUCUAUACAGGGUGUUUCGAAUCUAAUUGGUCAUAUUCAUUGAUCAUACUACAAUCAAAGAAAUGAAAACGUUUUUAUAAAAAUGACUUGAAAAUUGACGCCACAGAUCUACAAGCUACACGCCUCUGAAGAUGGUAUUUUUGGAAUACAUUUGAAACAAUUAAGCCAUUCAGAGGCGAUUCAAAUAGGGUCCGAGUGAAUUAAAUUUUCACAUAGAUAUUUAGUAUUCCUUUCGUCAUAUCGAUGAAUGAUUCAUUUUCGAAUAAUAUCGAUUCUAACAAUAGGUGUGUUAUACAUACCAUAAGGACGCAUGCAUUCCAUUGGAUGCUUAUAUGUAGGUACCAUGUUUGAAUCGACUUUUAUUUUUAUUUUAGUGUAGAAAGAGUCCGAAAGUUUAACUUACUUUUAGUUCAACUCUCUAAUUGAUAUGCCCCUGGAUGACUGAAAUUUCAGAAUUAUUGUUUCUUUGAUGUUACGCUCGGUAUCACCUAACAUAUCGUUUUGAAAGUACCAUCUUCAGAUUGCAGAUCUAGAGUGCUCCUUAUUUAAGGAGCCAUUUUUUGGGCCAAGAUAACAAACUUUCUUUCUCAUUCAUACUCGUUGAUGCUGUUGUAGAGGUGAUAGCUGUAUGACCAGUUGAAUAUGAUACAUCCUCUAUAUUCACUUCAACCUGAAAUUCAUAGGUUGUCUUGGAGUUUAUUUGAUGAAUUCAUAGAGGUGAUCUGUUUUAAUGAAAUGAGAGUUUUUCCAUUUCCGAUGAAAUUUUAUCACUGCCUUUGUCAUUAUAGGUUUUUACUCGAUCAUAAUGCAACCUUGAAAGUAUAGAACCUUUAAAAGCAUCACUUCAAAUAAAAACCCGUUAUUUAUUCCACUACUCAUCUCUGGAACCGAUAAGUACCUUUAUCGUAUAUGUGUGGUUAUAUAACAGAACUAAAAACUCAAGUUCAGCAAUAAGAUCUCUGAACAGUAUUAGGUAUUAUUAUACCUCUAUAAUACAAAAUACGAUGUGAAAAAGUAAUAAUUUUGAUUUGUUCUGCUGACUUUGUUACGUCUAUAUACAGAGUGACCCAUUUGAAAGCGGCCACCUCCAUAAAUUUGUUUAUUUAUGGAGCGAUUUUGAUUUUUUCUAGAGUGUAGAGAAAGGAAAGGUGUAUUUUGAGGCCAAGCGGCGUACUUUUUUUGAAACCAAGGCCUACUAGAUCACAUUCAGAGGCUGAAAAAUCCAGAAUCCUCAUUAUCGUUUCUUUUUUUAGAAAAAAUCCACGAACACCACUGGAAUCGACGUCUUCUCUGAAAUAGAUCUGUACCAAGCUUUGUGAAAAAUUAUUUUGAAAUGAGACACGCCGUAGAUUCGUUAAUGUUAAAUAUUUUUUCAUGAAACUUGGUACAGAUCUUUUUUAGAAGGCUCCAAUUCCAGUGGUGAACGCGGAUUUUUUCUUUAAAAAAAUCGCCAACAGAGAUUCUGGAUUUUUCAGCCAAUGAAAAUGUGAUCUGACCGGCCUUGUUUUUUUUUAAUAGACACCGCUUGGCUUCAAGAUACAACUUUUCUUCCUCCACAAAUCAGAGAAAUAAUCCUGAAUAUCGCUCCAUAAAUGAAAAAAUUAUGAGGGUGCCCCACUUUCAAAUUGGUCAUUCUAUAAAUAUAUAUAUUAUUCAAUGUGUGAUUAUAAUUAUUCGUUUUUUAAGAGUAUAUACUUAUAUUUAGUGGUGAAAGGCAAAAGAAACUAUAUAUUAGGUCGUGCAGCUUAUGUGUUUUUCCUAAGGUAAAGGGACUCAUAGUUUUGUAACACCUUAUAAACAUAUACUUAAUAUUAUAUAUUUAUGGUCUAAUAUUGGUCACAGUCUGUCUAAACAUAUUGUGCAUCAAUAUGCACUUUUUCGAAUUAAUUAUUUUACUAUGCUUUAAUGUAAUUUUUUUAAAGAAUAAAUAAUAAAUAGCGGUUCUAACAGAUAA